AUGCCAUCAAACCUCACCGGCUCAAACAGCACAGCACUGUCCCCGGACGCUCACUACAACUUCCCCGCUCUCAUCUUUGGGAUCUUCCUCAUCAUUUUCAUCAUAUGCGGAAAUCUGCUCGUGUGCAUUAGCGUUUACAAGGAAAAAGCAUUAAAAACAACAACGAACUACUUCAUCGUUAGUUUAGCUGUAGCAGACUUGUUACUGGCGGUGCUUGUAUUACCGCUCUUCGUGUACGCUGAGUUCCAGGAUGGAGUCUGGUCCUUGAACAUGACCGUCUGUGAUGCCUUGAUGACCAUGGAUGUGAUGCUGUGCACAGCCUCCAUAUUCAACCUCUGUGCUAUCAGUGUGGACAGGUUCAUUGCGGUGUCCAUCCCUUUCAACUACAACAGGAAGCACGUGGACCAGAGGCAGAUUGGCCUCCUGGUGGGCACCUGGGUCCUGGCGCUGGCUGUGGCCUCGCCAGUCAUCUUUGGCAUCAACAACGUGCCGGACCGAAGCCAGCGCGAGUGCAAGCUGGAGAACGAGAGCUACGUCCUGUACUCGUCCGUCUGCUCCUUCUUCAUCCCCUGCCCGCUCAUGCUGCUGCUGUACUACGGAAUUUUCCGGGGCCUGCGCCGGUGGGAGGAGGCGCGCAAGGCCAAACUCAGGGGCAGCAUGCAGGCCUCACAGGGGCUGCUGAAGGCCGCUGAUGCCCUGACACCCCCCCUGGGCCCUCCUGGCUCCCACAACGAGCACAAGCUCAUGGAGCUGAGUCUGGACGAGCUGGUCCAGGACCCUGAACCACAACCGGCCCGGGACGGCGUGGCUUCCCGGUCUGAGCCGGUAGCGGCCGUGACCUAUCCAAACGUGAGCCAGAACCAGCGCUACGGCAGAACAAGAGCCAAGAUCAACCGCAGAGAGAGGAAGGCCAUGAGGGUACUGCCUGUGGUCGUAGGCGCCUUCAUGAUGUGCUGGACACCGUUCUUCGUGGUGCACACUCUGCGGGCGAUGUGUAACACGUGUGAGAUUCCGUCGGCGCUCAUGAGCACCGUCACGUGGCUCGGCUACGUCAACAGCGCCGUCAACCCCGUCAUCUACACUGUCUUCAACACAGAGUUCCGCAAGUUCUUCAAGAAGUUCCUACCUCGCUGCUACUGCCGGGGGAACUAAUGAACUGCUGAACUACAGGACUGAACUACGGGACUGAACUAGGGGAUGGAAUAUGGGACCGAACUAGGGGACUGAACUAUGGGAUGGAACUAUGGAACUGAACUACGGGGAUGGAACUAUGGAACUGAACUACGGGGAUGGAACUAAGCUGCCCUACAAAACCAAAGUGCAGUAUCUGCAAAAAUUCCAAACUGGGAAAAACUGCUUUUUUGUUUGUCUUCCACAGUGCAUUUUAGCAGAUAGGCUAUGUAAAAUGAAAACCCCUAUAUCUCUACAAAAUGUUGCAGUAGAUCAAUGAGAUUUUAAUAGAUUGAUUGCCAGAUAUGCCAGAUAUUGGUGCAAAAAAAAUACUGCACUUUGGCUUUGUAGGGCAGUAUGGACGGAAGUAAGGGACUGCACUAAGGGGCUGAGCUAUGAGACUGAACUAUGGGACUGAACUAUGGGACUGAGCUAUGGGAUGGAGCUAUGGGACUGAACUACGGGACUAAACUAUGGGAUUGAACUAUGGGACUGAGCUAUGGGAUGGAGCUA